AUGAGUGAUUUGGAAGAGAAAGUGGAACAACUAGACAUUGUCGAUUCAGGCUCUGAUUCUGAGGAUUCUGGGUUCUCUGAUGAGGAAAUUAGUACUAGUAAUAAUGGUUCAUCAAAUAAUAAUUCUUCAUCAGUAACAACUUCAAAACAAACCGUUGAUAAGGCUAAAAUUUUACAAAAAUAUUCUGAUAAAAUUAAAACAGAUGAGUUUUUAUUCAAACAGAAACAACUUUCAAAAGAUAAAGCUGAUAGAGCUACUGUGGAGAAUGUUUUAGAUCCAAGAACUAUUGGGUUCAUUAUUAAAUUAAUUAAAAAAGGUACAAUUACCAAGAUUAAUGGAUGUUUAAGUACUGGUAAAGAAGCUAAUGUUUAUCAUGCAGUAAAUGAUCAAACUGAGAAAGAAUAUGCUGUCAAAAUUUAUAAAACUUCUAUUUUAGUUUUCAAAGAUAGAGAACGUUAUGUUGAUGGUGAGUUCCGUUUUAGAAAUUCAAGAUCUCAACAUAAUCCAAGAAAAAUGAUUAAAAUUUGGGCUGAAAAAGAGUUUAGAAAUUUGAAAAGAUUAUAUACAAUGGGGAUGCAAAGUCCUGAACCGAUUGAUUUAAAAUCUCAUGUUCUUGUUAUGGAAUUUUUAUCAAGAGGUGAUGGGUUUCCUUCACCAAAAUUAAGAGAUUAUAAUUUUGCUGAUUUAGAUGAAAUUACACAUUUUUAUUAUUUAAUGAUUCAUGAUAUAAGGUAUAUGUUUCAAAAAUCUCGUUUAGUUCAUGCUGAUUUAUCUGAAUAUAAUUCUAUUGUUCAUCAGGGGAAAUUAUAUAUUUUUGAUGUUUCUCAAUCUGUUGAACCUGAACAUCCAAUGAGUUUAGAUUUCUUAAGAAUGGAUAUUAAGAAUGUUAAUGAUUUCUUUAUGAAAAAGGGAAUUUAUAUAAUACCUGAAAGAUUAAUUUUUAAAUUUGUUAUUGAAGAUUUUAAAACUUUAGGAUUAGAUGGUGUUACUCAUGAUGAUAAAGAUGAAAUUUUAGAAUUUAUUAAAAAUAUGCCAAAGAAAACUACUGAAGAAGAAGUUGAAAAUGAUGAAAUUUUUAGAUCUUUACAUCUUGUUAGAUCUUUAAAUCAUUUAGAAGAAAGAGAUUUUGAAAAAUUUAGAUCUGGUGAAAUUGAUGUUUUGAAAUCUUUAGAUGCUGAAGGUGAAAAAGCUGAUUCUGAAGAUGAUGAAGAUGAAGAUGAAGAUGAAGACAGUGAAGAAGAUGAUGAAGAUAGUGGUGACGACGAAGAUGAAGAAGAUGAAGAAUCUGAAUCUAAACCUAAGAAAAAAUGGGUUGAAAGACCAGUUGAAUUAAAAGGUAAAAAACAUGAAGAUAAAGAUGAUAAAAAAUUAAGAAAACAACAGGCGAAAGAAGAAGCUAAAGAGAAAAGAAAAACUAAAAUGAAGAAACACGUUAAAAAGAAACUCGUUAAUAAAGGUAAGAAAUAG